AUGGCUCUAAUUCGGCUGCUAGCCCUGUCUUGGCUUGGCAGGGCCAGGGCCGAUGAGGAUGAGAAGUUGGACACCGCGGAGUCCUGCUGGGUGGAAGACCCUUUGGGCAGCAAAAGCAAUUGGGCAAAGCACUGCUGCAGGCCGAAGCCUUGCGGCCAAAGUGAGUGCUGGGUCCCGCCGAUGUACACCUACGAGUCCAGGCCUGAGCGGAGCCGGCGAGCGAGCCAAGCAGUAAAGGUGAUGAUUUGUUUUGCUAUGUUUGACGACUCACAGCAGGAUCGCAUCCAACAUUGGCAGGAAGGUGAUGAGGAUGCCUGCCGGAAUCUUGCCGUGGAGGAGGUGAAGCGUGCUCUGGAUCUGGCAGUCGAGGCCCCGCACAAGCUGGACAAUCAAAGCCCAAUCAGAGGGUUGCAGUCCGAUGCAGUCCCGACGGGGACGGACCCGGAGGCAUUCAGAAAGAUGCGGGGGCUCCAAGCGGAGCUUUCCACUGCCGACCAGGCAUGUACCUGCGGCAUUGCCUUCGCAGUUGCAACGCUGCUCUGGUAUCCUGAGGACAGCGCAGCUUUGGAAUUGGCGAUCAAGCCAAGGUGGUUCCUGGAGGGUGUGGAUUGGGGUCGCUUCGUGGAAGAGGGCUGGAGCAGCAUCUUCAAGUGGCUGGACCGCUUCCCACAUGUUGAAGGCAAAGCGGCCGAGAAUGUUGUGCAUUCUUUGCAUGAGGAAUUCGAAGACCUUGCCGAGCGCCGGCAAUCACUUCUCAAAGUCGUCAGGCAUGAGCAAGAGGAGGUGACUCUGCUUUUGCUCUUGGUCAGUGACCUAUCAAUCUCGGACGUGAUUCGCGAGCUCCGGGAGCGAGGCGUGUUCCAGCGCGUUUGGCGUCACGUCAUGGUGGACCUGGCCUGGCGCCAAAAGGGCCAGAAGUGCGCGGUUGGGCAAGGGACGGAGGGUGAGGGAAGGUGGCUGGCUUGUGAGCCCUGGGAAUAUCACCUGACCGCCAACUUCUCCUCGGUGUCAGAACGAGACGGCCCAGGAGGCCUGGGCAAGUCGAACGUCGCAGUUUGCGUCUUGGGAGCUCCCCGCACGGUGGUGAAGACCUACGAAAGCAUUCGCGAGAAGGUCGUUGAAACUCUGAAGGGGGAUGCGUUCAUCUAUGUGCCGUUCUCUGGCACUUUCACUCCUGCGUUGGAGGAGGACCUCAGGGCCCUGGGCCCUGCAGUCACUGCCAUCGUUGUUCCAGACGUUGACCGCCGCACCUUCGAGGAGCGGACUCAGAGAGAAUUCUACGAUCCCAGGUUGUGGAUGCUCUAUUCAAAGGCGAAUGGGCCUUGGAGGGCCCCGAUGUUCCGCCAAAUGGGCAGCAGCAUGUGGGGGUAUCACAACCAACAUUGCUGCCGGAGGAUGGUGGAGUCCUUCGAGCAGCAGAGAGGUUGGGAAUAUGAGUGGGUCGUCUUUGCGAGGGCAGAGAUGGUCUGGGUGCAUUAUCAUCCACCGAUCGAGGUCCUCAGCCCGAACUACGUGUACAUACCGAUGGGCCAGGACAACAGCUUCUACAACUUCAAUGACUUGAAAGGCAUUAAUGACAGGCAUGCCGCGGUGCCUAAGCGUUGGUUCAAAUCCUAUUUCAACCGCUGGGAAUGCCUGCUCAACGGGAAUGCCUGGAAAUACUUGGCCAAAGUUGCCAAGGCAGGCUACAUGAUCAACACGGAGCAGUACCUCUGGCUCCACCUGCAAGCCGAAGGAGUGCAGGUUCGACGAUUCGCACCGGUGUCCUUUCUGUCGCAUUGCACCGAGGGUCCCCAGUGCCAGCAUCUCUACAAGGGCACCGACCUGGGCAAGGUGCGAUGGACCCAGACAGCAAAGUAUUGGACCGAGAUGCUGGAGUCGCGACGGACAAUUGUGGAUGACUUCCAUUAUGUCAAGAGGCCAGAGAAAGGCUGGAUUUGGCUCCGCCAGAGGCCGCCCGUUCCUUUGAUUUGGGGGGCCAUCACCAAGAAGCAGUUCGAAAAACCGUUGGAGGAUGUUGAACCGCAGGAGAAGGUCGGCGCCGACCUUGCGUUGCACUCUCAGCCAAGGAAAGCCAUCGAGCACGAGGGAGGGAACGGCACUUUACGCGACUUCAUCACCCCGUUGACAGCAAUCGUGGAGACGAUGCACUCGCAGUUCGUGGUACUGAAUGCCUCCGAGCCAUGCUGCACCUGGCAAGACCGAAGCGAGUUGGGCGGCCAGCCCCCGGGCCAGGCUCCGCCCAGCUUCGACGGUGGCUCUGCUCCUUUGGGCCUUCCUGGUGCAGGCUGGACCAGGUUGAAGUUUGAGGCCAUUUCCCAUAGGCCCUCCGUCUACAAUCCCGGCAACUACACCAAUGCCCAGCGUUCCGCUUCAAUCGACUUCACCGGGCCUGUUGACCAAUCCUUGCACAUUCCCGCGGCUCAGCUCAUCCAUGUCGUCUUAUCAUCCUUUCUAGUGGACAGCUUCCUGCCGAAGGAUACCCCGCUGGCGGGCUGCCACGGCUUCGAGGAGCAUUGGGCCCUGUGUACGGAGACGCCGUGCAGCGACUUGGCUCAGCGCAUAGAUUGUGCUUGGGGGGCGUGGGGGCAGUGGGAGUCCUUCGGAGGUUGUUCUGGUCUUGGUCUACGCAGCCGCAAGAUCUUCAGGAUGAACAGUGAAGGUGGGGCACCUUGCAGCGGUGUCAAGGAAGAGACAAUGCAGAUGGACAAGUACUUUGACAGUGAUUGUCUGAUGGGCAAUCGGGACUGCGAAUGGUCGCCAUGGACAGAUUGGAGCCACUGUGGCUGCGACGUUUGUGGUGAGGAUCGCAAAGCACAAACGGUAAGGGUGCGUCACAUCGCGAAUCAGGCCUUGGGUACCGGCAAGGCCUGUGCCGGAAAGUUCAACAUGACAAAGACGUGUGGCUUCGAGAUGCCCGUACAAUGUUCGUUGAGUGAAUGGGGCCAGUGGACGCGCUGUAGUGCGACCUGCGGUGGUGGGGUCCGUGCCAGCUUGCGUCGUGUCGAGAAGGAAGCCGACUAUGGCGGGCUGCCCUGCGUGGCUUCCUUGAGGAAGACGGAGACUUGCAACACGCACCCUUGCGAGCGCAGCCAAGACUGUGUCGUCUCUGAGUGGGGUCGGUGGCAUGGCUGUGAGGUGGAAGGCGCCAAGCAGAUGACAAGACAGAGACGCAUCGAGACCUAUGCCGAGGGCGAUGGAGAGCCUUGCGAUGCGCCCCUCACGGAAACUGCUGGCUGUGACGACCGUGACACGCUCCAGUGGUGCUCAACCACCGAGUGGAGCCAGUGGACAGCGUGCCCGGUUGCCUGCGGUGGUGGCCAGCAGCAGCGAUCGCGACACCUCAGCGGCGAGUCGUCAUGCAUUCCGAUGGCCAAGCAGGACCUCAAGGAAGUGCGGGGGUGCAACGUCGAGUCCUGCGAGGAGAACGAGGGCUGCAUCUUGUCGCCGUGGACGCAUUGGGGUCAAUGCUCUCAAGACUGUGGCACUGGAGUGUCGACAAGAAGCCGAUCCAUUGAUCAGAGUGCUGGCGAUGGAGGCAAGAGCUGUCACGCCUCGCUCAAGGAGAUGCAGGAGUGCGUCUUGGAGCCCUGCCCUGUGCGUGACUGCGUCUGGCAUGCUUGGGAUUCCUGGAGCGGCUGCUCCUGCACCUGUGGAGGGGGUCUCAAGCGCAGAGCUCGCAACAUUAAGGUGGCCCCACGAGCCGGAGGAACGCCUUGCGAUCCCUCAGACAAGACGCAGGUUGCUGCCUGCAACACACAGUCCUGCGAAGAUUGCGUUGAUGGCCGGUGGACAAUUUGGAGUUUGUGGUCGGAGUGCACUGCCUCCUGCGCACCCGGCUACAGAUGGAGGCAUCGAAGCAUUGCGAGACGGAAUAACGAUUGUGGACAGCCUGUGACUGGCUUGGAGGAAGACUAUCAGAUGUGUGAAGAUCUACCCAUCUGCGUGCAGGAUGAAGACUGCAAAGUGUCUGAUUGGACAUCGUGGAAUGACUGCAGCUGUUCUUGCUACGGCGUGACGGAGACCGCCUUGGAAUUUGUGGAGAGCGACAUCGACGCGUGCUCCAGCUUGGCACAGGGGCCGGAAAGAAGUGCGAGGCUUCUGGGAGCAUAG